CACACUUUUAUCUUGGUUUAAAUACAUUUUCAAUUCCCCCCCCCCAGGUUUCCUAUCACUUUUUUUAUUCCUUCCUCAGAAAUAAAUAGCCAACCAUGAGUAACAGCACUACAACGGACGGAUAUACCGGUGCCGAAGGGAUAUUGAACCUCGCGUUUGCUUUGUACAAUAACCCCGACAAAGGUACUGGGAUUAUGAACCUUGUUAAUUUUGCCAAAAAUUUAUUAGGACCAGAAGUGCCCCCGGCAAUUGUUGCACAUGGGCUAGGAUUACAAUUGAACUUGUUUGGAAGUUACCCUGAACCAAAAGACAAGGCUCCCUCCAUUGUGUUUGCAGUAUUAUUCGGGAUUGUUUUGGUUAUACACACGGUGAUAUUCUUGAUUAACUGCUCUCGAGGACAUUAUUUCUGGAUUUCCAUUGCCUGGAUUUUCUAUAGUGUUUGCAAAGUCAUUGGAUUUUCCCUUCGGGCAUAUUGGGCUCCAGAUGCCACUAGAAUUCAGGCCGGGUUGACUUCUGAAGUGUUUUUAAUUGUUCCGGCAGUUAUCAUCUUAUCAGCAAAUUUAAUCCUUGCCCAAAGAUUAUUCACAUGGAGACAUCCAGUCGGUGGGUCUCGUAAAUUGUUCUGGGCAGUUAUGAUGCUUUUGUACGGGUUUGUGCUUGUGUUGGUGGGUAUAACAAUUGCUGCAUCAUUUGUUCCAUAUUUGAACUUUAUUACCACAGAAGCAUACGUGAAAUGGCAACAUGUGGUGCAAUUUUCCAGUGUCUGUCUUAUUGCCUAUUCAUUCUGCUCCAUCUCCUUGAUUGCGUUAUCGUUUUGGUUCCCCACCAGUAAGGAUGAAAAUUUGUACACUUACCAACCAUGGUGGAUUGAAAGUUUUGCUCCUUUCUACUUUGUUAAAAAGAAUGCAGCUCAAUAUGCCGAGGCUUCAUUCAUGAGACGUAAUCACAACCACCGUCAUGCCAUUAGAGUUAUUGCUGCCAGUAGUCAUCAUUAUAAGAUGGUCAAGGGAUUGACCAACAAAAGAGGUGAUUUGAAACAUAAUUGGUCUAUUGUGAUUGUUAUUACCACCACAUUAUUGAUUCUUAUUGGGGUUAUUGGUAGAUGUAUUGUUGUGUUCCAGCCCACUAAUUUUGCUCAUUCUACCAAAGCAGCCGAUCCUUGGUUGAUGUAUGUAUGUUGGGGGAUUUUAGAGCUUUUAGUCAAUGUGAUUUACAUUCUUGGAAGGGUUGACUUGAGAUUCUACCGUCCUGAUAUUUUACCCGCAACCGUCAGAGCAAUCGUCACCGCAGAACAAACUUACUACCCAAGUUCCGAUGAAGAAGAUGAUGGAUUCCACAGAGAUCGUCCUGAAACUUAUGGAAGAUUACAAGAAAAGAGACAACAGCACGUUGGUGGAAUCAUGUCUGAUUCAGUAUCGCCAGUCACUGCUAAUGGAGAAAUCCGUCCCAAGUCUGCUGAAGACGAUGUCUCGCAAAAAAUAUCUAGUGCAUCAAGCCAUGGUCUUGACCAAAUUACUGAACCACCAUACCCCGUCAUUUCCACUGGCGAUGACUUUAAAUUUUAAUCCAAACCUAAUACCUUAUCAACCCCUCCCACCCAGAUUUUUAUUUAAUACGUUCUUUAUUUGAUUUUUCGGUCGUUUUUUUAUCCUUUUGUUUUUAUUUAAUAAAUUAAGUGAUGUAA